AUGCGAGCAGAUGCUGAUGCACCUCUGCCAUGCCUCGCGCAAGAUAUGCACUUUCUUCUCCACUGGCUUCUGCACAGUUGCUGGGGAAUGGAUGUGGUGCGGCAGUGUCUGGAUAAUGACGCCUUUGGAUCCUCUAAAGAAGCACUGAACCCAAGUGAAACACGAUUGAUACUCUUUUUGGCCGCCGUUGGCGUGAUUCCAGGCGCCGCGAAGCAUCUCUCGCACGUCUUGCACCGCCGAAGUUGGUUCGCAGUAAGCGCUAAAAGGCGAGGGCUGGGUUCCACCCACGAUGGUCAGAUGCACCUCAGCUCAGGUGGCUUGGUGGCCUCUGACGUAAACAGAGUGCGACUGCGGCGGUUAACGGAAGCUUUUUUGGGCUUUGAAGUCCCUUGUUGCUGCUUUGCUGUAAGUGAAUAA